AUGUUCCUCUUGGCGACCUUGGCCGCGAUUCCAUCCUUGACCGUCUCCUUCCUCUCCGCCCAAGCUUUCGCCGAUUUCCCCUUUUGCCUCUCCUGCCGCUUGGCCAUCUUCUUCAACCUCUUCUCAUCAUCCCGAACCUUCUCGCCCUCCGCCCGGAGACCAGCUUUCUCCCAUGUCUCCUUCUCCUGCACUUUCUCCCUCUGUUCCUCCGUCAAGGUCGCCAGUUUCUCUUUACGUUUCUUGAGGAUGGCCAAAGCGGCAUUCGCGUCCUUGGGGAGGUCAUGGCGGUUCUUCUUGCUCGAACUGAGCUUGUGCACUUUGGAAGAGGUUGAGCCGGCCAUCGUCGUCGCUUGCGCUACGGCGAGUUGCGAGUUGGUAAAGUCGAGAUUGGAGAAGGUGAAGGCGUCCGCGGGCGGUCGUUCGACGGCAGAGGAAGUCGAAGCGACCAAAGACUGA